UCGGGCCCGUGGGCGCUAAAAAGGGGAGGCAAAAAGCAACGAGGUUUCAGCGACGGAGCAACGGCAAGAGGGGAAGUCGUAGGGGCAUAUUUGCCUGCAGCCGUGCAAACAGUUGGGUCUCUUCCCAGCGGGGGCUGACGGGUGCCGGUAGGCUAUAACUACCGCCGAACGCUGAACGUUGGUCUGUUACCGUGGACGUCAGCUUGACCUACGAGUAUCGAGUUCCACUACUCUAGGGACAGCGCGACCCAAAACUGAAACUCCAAGAAGAACAGAUCGCGUAACUGCACCAACACCAAGGCCAACAUGGAUGGAGACAACAUAGAUCGUGCCCGGCUCCUCGACCGUUACACCGAGGCGCUAGAUCACAUCGAGAAGAACCUACGAGAAACCAAGCGCGUAGAUGACAUCCCUAAGAAACCUGUCACGGAGGCGGUGUCACCAGAAGAUGGAUCAGGUGAUGGCCUGACAGGCAGCGGUACCAAGCAGGGCUUGUGUAAGCCUAAUUGUACCAUUGAGCGCUCCACGCUCAAGUUUAAGGCGUUCUUCUUCCUGUUCAAGGGUAGCAAGUCCUGUAUUGUACCCUUCCUACCCGUUUACUACCAGCAACUAGGGCUGGUAGCCAGUCAAAUCGGUUUGCUUCAAAGCUGCUCCCCGUUCACCCAAAUCCCACUCAUGAUGGCUAUCACCUGUCUGGCUGACCGACUCAAUCUCCGCAAGACCCUCAUCAUCAUUAGUCUGGUAGGCUGGAUCCUCGGCAUCGGCUUGAUAGCGCUGGUACCAACACCUCAUCGGCAACCGUGCGAGGCAAGCUUCGCGCGCCUGAAGGAAGAGUUCAAGAAGAAAAUCAAUGUCAGCGAUUGUAUGACCAACGCAUCCGAUACUCAUCUGUUCCCUGUUCAAACGCUCCAAGAUUCCCAAACAACGCUUGAGCGUACCGCAUCCACUCCGCACCCUUACGACACCAUGCCAUACGAUCCGUACCUCGCACACGACUUCGCAGACGACCUGGCGACCUCCUACCCGACCCAAGCUGAUCUCUCUUCGAGCCAUCUCAAUUUCUCCAUGGAUAUCAUCUAUGCUCCCCUGGCCCAGAGCGUACCAGGCAGUCAUCGCCGAUUCGCAAGCCGCUCCUCCCUAUCGCCAUUCAGCCCCAUUCACCAUAUCUACACCCCGUACCACAUCAACAAACGCGACACCAAUGAUUCCACUCUUAAAGAUGCCGUCACGCUUACCGAGUACGACUGGCUCUACAGACCCGCAGACCUGAAUCAUCUGUUCAUUAUUCUACUUCUCUUGAGCGUGUUUGGGUCCGUAUUCCAGGGUCCAGUACACGCUCUCAGUAAUGCAGCAGUGCUGGACAGUCUGUACAUCAAGGGAAAUACUGUGGAUUACGGCUACCAGAAAGCAUUUGGUCCUGUUGGUGCGGCUAUCGGGACCCUUUCCAUGGGAGCCUUCCUGUCCACCAUGGAGCGCCCUACAGUCCUGUUUGGAGUCGAGAUACCACACACAGAUUACAGUGUUGCAUUCAUUAUCUUCGUCGUAACCAUGAUUCUGUGUCUCCCACUCGCCUUCACGUUCGACACAACUCCGAAGCCCAAGAGUACAUCCGAGUUCUCAUUGAAGGUGCUGAUGCGGGUCAUCUUCAGUGCCAAGUAUGGUUCGUUCCUGCUGGCCAGCGCCUGGACAGGCGUCGCCUCGGGUCUGAGUGCUAGUUUCCUUUUCUGGUACAUCAUGUCAGUAGGUGGAUCGCACGUGAUCAUGGGCGUGGCAGGCCUAGCUGCUCUUGGGGCUGAGACAGCCACCUACUUCGCCCUGCCUCAACUCAGCCGAUACGUGUCCCAUCACACCCUCAUGCUUGCAUGUCUCUUGCUCGUCGUUAUUCGCUACUUCCUGUAUGGGAUUCUGCACAGUCCCUGGUUGCUUGUCAUCCCAGAAUGCUUCAAAGGCGUGAGCGCGGCUAUUGUGGAGUACACGUUAGGUGCCAUCUUCGCUGACGAGACACUAGUCUCCUACUCGUGCUCCCUUCAGGGGUCUUUCCUCUUAGCCUACUACGCAGUCGGCUUCGGAAUGGGUAGCAUCUUGGGCGGUGUGGUUAUAGACGCGCUCGGAGCCGUUAAAUCCUUCUUCGUAGUCUCCCUCAUAUCGUUAGUGUUGUCGGUACUGUUCCUCGUCAUUAGGUCGAUACGGUACGGAUACGAAAAGCUGCAAGAAGAUUGAUGUCUCCCUCACCGACUUUACUCAUAAAUUACAGAGUUAGAUAUAUGGAAAAAAAUCUAAAGUGACAACUGUAGUGUGUUCUAUCUGUAAAAAAAAUAAGAAAACACGUGAAUCGGGUGACACUAGCUUAUAAAAAAAAAUAUAUUAGUUGUAAAUAUAUUGUCCUGAAAUAUUAAUGUUGUUUGUUCGAAUUCAUUAAAAGCCAUAAACUGAUAGAUGGAUAACGGAAUUUGAUAAUGUUGAUAAAUUAUGCUAGACACGGUCGAUUUGAUAUCGGCCCUUGUAACUUGGUAGAUACUGUUGUAGUCGAUAAUCGAAUACUUAGUACACAUGAUGUUAAGUAGGGGCGAAUUGACAUAUUUACUGUGGACUCCGUGCACGAACAGUAGAUGACGUUUUGUGACCAUUUUCAACAGCCCAAGUGGGAGGGGCACACUGCGCGCGGUACUGGAGGGCGCGCGCGUACUGGUGCGCGCGCGUAUUUUGCGAAAGUGUAUUUCAAAGCGUAUUGCACGAGCGUCAAGCGUCGUCGGCAGUGCGUUGGAAUGACCCUCCCAGUAGUUUAUCCCCUUGUAACCGUUAUGUCAAUAAGGAACAUACGUUUUGUGAAAACAAGUGUCAUUGCCGUGUCACGUGGUCACAUUAAACAUGCGUGUUAAACACAGUAACAAAUAAUUUAUUUUUAUAUGUAUUAUAAAUAGAUCUGUUCAUGCAGUCCGUUUUGGCAUCGUUACCUCCGUAGUUAACUCAUUGAAAUCAGUUUUCACGAGAAGUAACUACACAAACCAAGAUUUUAAAUUGGCACGUGUAAAGAUGAUUUCUAAUGGAAGAUUUUAGAGACGUUGUUAGCUGCAAACACACCGUUCCUUUUUUCAAUUGUUUACGUCAUUUUUAAGCUAAAACGCGCAUGCCGGAUAUAACGCAAACAAUGGAAAAAAGGACCGGUGUGUUUGCUGCCACCAACGUCGCAAAAGUAAUCAGAUUGCGUGUACAGUUUUAUCAGGAAACGACUGAAGUCUUACCCAUCAUCUAUUUUUUAAUGAUUCCCACAUCUUUAAAUUUUUAAACAUGUUCCUCCUAACCAUGGAGUCACUUUAUUGAGCUUUUAAAUCUUGCAGUGCGGUUCUUUAGCAUUUUAUUAGGACAGUCUUAGGCUUAGCAGAAAUGUACACUAGAGACAUUAAAUAGCAAAACGAUUCUUACGUUAAGAAGAAGAUUUGCUUUAGUCGAAAUAGAAAUUAAAAAACAGUCACAACCUUGACUGUAACGAAUUCGUAAUAGUUUAACCGAUAGAGGGCGAUAUUACAAUACCCUUUGGUAGAUAGGACGCGAGUGCACACUUGUUACAUUUACGUAAAAUAACGGAAACGAACAGACUGGGGCGAUGACUCGAAGAUAAUUUUGCUAAAGUGUAGUAAACUAUAUUUAGAGGUAAAGUAACAUUGCAAUUUUCACUUCAAACUUGAGGAACUUUCACGAACGUUAACGAGUAAAAGUAGUUUUAAACAUUCAGAAUAAAGUUGGCUAGAAUAUCUUUUAUAAAAACGAACUGAUGAAUGAAGUGUUCUGUUAUCUUGG